CCCGGGCUGGGUCGUGGCGGCUGCGGGCUGUGAGGCGCCGCGGUCCGCGCCCGAGCCCGCACGACCCGACCCGACCCGUCCUGUCUUGUCCUGUCCUGUCCUGCGCCCGGGGCGGCGCCAGCGCCGCGGGACCAUGUCGGCCAAGGACGAGCGGGCCAAGGAGAUCCUGAGGGGCUUCAAGCUAAAUUGGAUGAACCUUCGGGAUGCGGAGACGGGGAAAAUCCUCUGGCAAGGAACAGAAGAUUUGUCCGUGCCGGGAGUGGAGCAUGAAGCUCGAGUUCCCAAGAAAAUCCUGAAGUGCAAAGCGGUGUCUCGGGAGCUGAACUUCUCUUCAGCGGAACAGAUGGAAAAAUUCCGACUGGAACAGAAAGUUUUUUUCAAAGGGCAGUGUCUAGAAGAAUGGUUCUUUGAAUUUGGCUUCGUGAUCCCCAACUCCACAAACACUUGGCAGUCCUUGAUAGAAGCUGCACCAGAAUCACAGAUGAUGCCAGCUAACGUUUUAACCGGUAAUGUUAUUAUAGAAACCAAGUUCUACGAUGACGACCUCCUUGUAAGCACUUCUAGGGUGAGACUUUUCUACGUUUGAGAUCAGGGGCUCUUGGGGCUGGUUUAGUUUUCCUCAGCGCAGUUCUUGGUGCAGACCCCCCUGACUAUCCAAGUGGAAGAUGCUUUCCAUAGCGAUGAUCCUGGGGACCAGCUCAACAUGGGUUGUGACCUUCACCCAUCGAUUAUUUUGCUUUCCCCUCUGACCUGACCAGACCAGACCAGAGCAGACCAGACCAGACCAGACCGAGUCCUGAGAGACCUGACCCCUAUCUCCGCCAUGGGAGCGGGAACAAGACUGUUCAUAGAAAUGGGCAAACCAGUGGUCACGCAGAGCCAGUACUGUAAAUUAUGUUAGUUUCAUCCUUUGUACUCGUCUGGUACAUAACCUCUCAUUUCCACUCGCGCCAAACCUUCGACACGUUUCAGUUUGUUUCGGAUUAAACCUCUUCACGUUUAGUUUCGAUCCUCUCACAGGAUUUCUGUGUAACUGGUCCAUGCAUCCUCAUCCCCUCAACUUGUAAAAUAGACUGUGAUAUUACCUAAUGUAAGUACAAACACGAUUUCUGAAUUAAAAACAUUCCUACCGUCCAAAAAUGGAAAAAGCCA